CUGUUUUAUCUGCCCCAGCUGGUGUUAUCCUUUGACGGACUGUCAGAGUAUUUACACGCAAAAGUAGCUGUCGUGGAUUAUCGAUGCACAUUUUGGGAAAUGGAGACUUUGUGGGGUGACCUCAUGUUUUGACCUCCAUCAACAUUAUGGCCCACAGUUACAGCUCACAGUUGGACGGUUCGGUUGAGGUGAAGGAGGGUUUUCUUUGCCCACUGUGUCUGAAAGACUUGCAGUCUUUCUACCAGCUGCAGGAUCACUAUGAAGAGGAGCACUCAGGAGAUCACCGUCACGUCAGCGGACAGCUCAAAAGUCUGAUGCAGAAAGCAAAAAAAGCCACAGACAAGCUUCUAAAACGGGACGGCGACGAGAGAACCGAAAGCAGUUAUGAGUCCUUUUAUUACGGUGGAGUGGAUCCUUACAUGUGGGAACCUCAGGAGCUUGGAGCUACUCGGAGUCACCUGGAUUUCUUUAAAAAACACAGAGCUGCUAGGAUUGACCAUUAUGUCAUUGAGGUCAACAAACGCAUCAUUAGGCUGGAAAAGCUUAUUUCCUUUGACAGAACUAACAUGGAUGCUGGGAAAAUAAGAGCCCUGGAAAAGUCGGUGGUGCCGUGGGUGAGCGAUCAGGAUGUACCGUUCUGCCCGGACUGUGGGGACAAGUUUACCAUCAGGAACCGACGCCAUCACUGCCGCCUCUGCGGCUCUAUUAUGUGCAGGAAGUGCAUGGAUUUCGUGCCUCUGCCUCUGGCGUACAAGUUAACCAGCGGUACUCGGGAGGCCCUGUGUGUGCCAGGCAGUCCAAGGCAGGGUGGGACCUCUGGAGGAGGAAGCUCUACGGUGCAGCAGUCUUCCCGACGAGGCUCCAUCAGCAGUCUCUCCUCAGUGAGCUCUGUGCUGGAGGAAAAAGACGAGGACCGUAUCCGCUGCUGCCACCACUGCAUGGACGCGCUGCUCUGUCACCAGCACAAACUGGAGGAGAAAGAUCACGUGCCAGACAUCGUCAAACUGUAUGAGAGGCUGAGGACGUGCAUGGAGAAAGUGGACGAGAAGGCACCAGAGUACAUCACCAUGGCUGAGUCGCUAAAUGCUGGUGAGAGCACCUACAACUUGGAAACUGCCGCUACUCUAAGGAGGGAGGUGCAGAAAUACUAUGAACUCAUCGAUGCUUUAAGCAAAAAGAUCCUAACACUCGGACUCAAAGAUGAGCAGCCUCCUCAUCCGAAAGUUCUUCAGCUGCAGAAGAUGGUGCGCUACUCCGCAACGCUGUUUGUACAGGAGAAGCUGUUGGGUUUGAUGUCUCUUCCUACGAAGGAGAAAUAUGAGGAGCUGAAGGUGAAGAGAAAAGAGGAGCAGGAGAGGAGACUCCAGCAGGAAAGACAGGCUGCCCUGGAGGCACAAAAGCGCAGAGAAACCGACAAGACCCGCGCCACUCCCAGUGCCAACGGAGACGUUCCUCGUCCUGCUCUGGGCCCUCGCAUGACCAAGGGCGGCGGCUGGCUCCCAUCCUCAACCACCCUGCAGUGUGACAACCAGCUGGAUGACCCACUGCUGCAGCAGAUCGACAUCAUCAAAUCGUUCCUCAAGCAGGCCCGAGCAGCCAACCGCACAGACGAGGUAGCCAUGCUGGAGGAGAACCUGAAGCAGCUCGAGGAGGAGUACGACGCGCAGCAGAUGAGCCAAGCUAUCGAGUUCUCACGCCGACAGGCCGAGGAGGAGGACCUGCAGAGAAGCCAGAUCCUCCAUCUCCAGCAGAAGGAGAUGGAGGGCAGAGGGUUUAGCAGAACAUGCUCGUCGGAUUUCGGCGAUCUGAGGAACGCGGAGGAGCUAGACGAGAAGGAAAAGGGUGGCAGACGGGAUUUGAACACGAGUCCACAGCAGAGGAUUCUUUCCAUAGAUUCAUUUCCACGAUUACCCGGUAAUUCCCCACCAUCGUUGCGAGACGAACGGACUGCGACUCCCACUGGCGGAGAGGUGCAGACGGAAGCGUCGCUUAAUCCGUUUGACGACGAAGACUCCACUCCAGUUGAGGAAGACCCAACAAACCCGUUCUGUGAGGAGAUCAAAAAGGAGAACCUGCAAAAAGUUAACGGGAAAGCCAGCGAUUAUAACCCUUUUGAUGAUGAAGAGGAUCAAGAAAAGGAGGCAGAUCUAGAGAAGCAAAGUGCACCCGGAAACCCCUUUGGAGUUGACACAACUGAGACGGAUGUCGAAAACAACCCUUUCAAGGAGAUCUCAGACAACACGCCGACCGCCUCCACCAAUCCCUUCGAUGAGGAUGAUAGUGGCCCGGGGGUGAACGACAUGAUCGAGGAAGAGCUCCUGCUGCAGCAGAUCGAUAACAUCCGAGCAUACAUAUUCGACGCUAAGCUGAGCGGACGCACCGACGAAGUGGAGCUGCUGUCUCAAAAUCUGAAGGAGCUACAGAACACCUUACAGGAGCAAAAAAGAAAAGCGCACUAACUAACACGCUGAGCAUAGAUCAGAAUUUCAGAGGACGUUGGAAAUAGGCUGGAUGUAGAAUGUUUUGCCUCGAUUGCUGGCACGCACAAGCAAACAGCCAUUCGUGAACAAAAUAUUUGGUUCUUCUUGUUGUGCCAUGAUUAUUUUCAACGUGGUUUAUAAGCUUGAUUGUUUUAGGGUUGAAGUUUUUAAUGUGUACUGGUAAUGGAGGGAACAGCUAACACCUAACCCCAGUUUUCUACCAACCGAACGUGGAAGGCACUUUACUAA